AUGAAUCGUCCUCAUCUACUUCUUCUGGCGCUAUGGGCGCUGGCCAUUUCUGCGCAGGUAGUAAUGGUUCAGGUCGAGCCUUACUUGAGCGAAGAAAGAUCCCUGACUGCUGCUCAGGAACUGGUGCCGACAACGGCCGUGGAAGACCUGCAAGGCGACCUACAAAUCCAAGAAUGGAUGCGAGAGCUGCGGCGAGUUAAGCGAGCUCCGACACGAAAUGUACAACCGGUCGUAGUGGUAUUGCCGGGUUUCGAUGCAACGCGUGCCUCGACGUACUAUCAAGACGUGCUUUACCCGGGACCUCUGAGACGCCGCAGGGCGAAAAGAGCCAGAUACUGCCCGAUCCUAGGAGGCCCCGGUUCGAGGUGCAAGACAAAAGGGAAGCAGAAGGCGUCAGACGAAGUGGCAAGCGAUUCAGAUGAUGAUAGUGCCCGAUACGGAAGUCGGGGAGCAGUGGUACUCAGUGCGAAUGGGACCGGUCGAUGCGUCGUGUCUGCCGAUCAAGCCUCGCACUUCUGUGGAAUGGAAGAAGAAGGCAAGCCUAAUCGUAGAGCACAAAUCCCAGUGGAAUCAGCGCCGUGCGCCAGAGGAGCAACGACUGAUGUGCUAUUUGCUGUGCUUGUGGUUGUACAUACGUUUGUCGGCGCCGCCAAUCCCACCACCACACGCGGGCAAGAAUCUGGACGUAAAAUAUGCUACCCGCACUACGAAGACCUCGACACGAGUUGCACGGAUGUGACCGGUAGGACCACCUCAGGACUGGUUGCCCCGCCAGUAAUUCCCCAUGCAACGGUUCGAGCAAUGGCUUUCGUGCCACCUGAUAAUCUGCGACGUCUUGUCAUACAGUACUAUCGUCAACAGGGAAAACUCAUGCCAAAAAAUAUGACUUUCACCCCGAAGUGA